UAAAAAUUUCUAUCGACAUUGUUGGACUCAGGUUCAUUCCAAAUAUUUACUGACGAACAGAUAGAUCUAUUGGCCAUAGCUUACAUUCACGCAGGGCUAUCCGCCUGCGCUUCGCAUCACUCUACUUCUGUGUAAUCCAAAAAAAUACAUAUUCUGCUGCUUUGCGUCUCCGGAGGAGUCCGUAUCGGCUUCCUCCGCGGAGGAUAUGGAGGCAGUCUCUGCGCAGAUCCAGGGAUUCUCUGAGACUUUCCUUGCAUUUCAUUUUACCAAACCUAACAGCAGACACUGUGUUUUCUUUAAAUUUCGCCCUUGUGUUGCCAGAACACCAACUUUGCGAUGUGCCUGUCGCGUUUCGGCGUUCGCCCAGAAGAUGUCGGAUGACGGUGGCGGUGAGGAGUAUAGUCGAUUAGAUGAUGAUAACGGCGUGUUAGGUUCGGUAUCCGAGGAUGCUCUCUCUUCAACCCAGGGUAAUUCAGAUCUCAGAGAGUGUAGUGGAAAGGAUAUAAAGUUAAUUACAUCUUCUCUAGUGGCCUCAUAUGGAACCACAACUGGUGGGGGUACAAGGGCUGGACUUUUCAGAACGCCUAUAUCCGGAGGGGUGCAAAGUGCAACUUCAGCUCAUGGUUUGCCUAGACCAGCCUUAGCAGUCAGGAAUUUAAUGGAACAAGCAGGAUUUGCCCACUUGUGUACUGUGAUGUCUCGCAUGCACCACCGGAGAGAAGGUUAUCCAUUUGGCUCACUUGUAGAUUUUGCACCCGAUCCGAUGGGACAUCCAAUAUUCUCAUUCUCACCAUUGGCUAUACACACUAGGAACUUGUUAGCUGAUCCAAGAUGUUCACUAGUUGUACAGAUUCCGGGAUGGAGUGGCUUGUCCAAUGCACGGGUGACAAUCUUUGGCGAUGUGUACCCCCUCCCAGAAGAUCAGCAGGAAUGGGCUCACAGACACUAUAUAGCAAAACACCACCAAGGACCUUCUCAGCAGUGGGGAAAUUUCUACUACUUUCGGAUGCAGAAAAUAAGUGAUAUCUAUUUUAUUGGUGGCUUCGGAACUGUUGCUUGGGUUGAUGUUAAAGAAUACGAAGCCCUUAAGCCUGAUAAGAUUGCUGUUGAUGGGGGUGAACAAAAUUUAAAGGAAUUAAAUGCUAUGUUUUCAAAGCCGCUUAAGGAGCUUUUGUGCAAAGAGGCAGAGGUGGAUGAUGCGGCUCUUAUAUCUAUAGACAGCAGGGGGGUUGAUAUUAGAGUCCGGCAAGUUUAAUGUUCAAAGAAUUUCAUUUGAAGAAGGUCAAAGUGUGGAAACACUGGAGGAAGCAAAGCAUGCGUUAUGGAAACUGAUAGAUAGAGGCCGAGUUGAGAACUUGCAUAAGUGAAAGCGCAGCCCCUAGCACAGAUGCACGCACACACAGGCAUUUGCCUACAUCUGCACAUACGUAUAGCGUAGCGUAGUGAGACUUAUUAAGCAGUUUGCGACUUGUAAUGUUGAGUGUAGAUGUUUGAAAGGUGAGUAUAGUCUGUGUAUGUAUGUGAGCAUCUCUCUC